AUGGCCUCGACUUCCGCCGCAACCGCCGCUGCAGGCACAAUGACUCGCUCCCGCUCUCGUUCCCGCUCUUCCUCGCUCUCCUCUCUAUCCGCUUCCCCCUCCUCCUCCCAAAAACGCCGCCGCCGCUCCCCCUCCAUCUCCUCCUCCUCUUCCUCCCUCCCCGAAGCCGACUCAGAAGAAGACGAGCUCGCGGCGGGAGCUGGUCGACCACGGACGCGCGCGGAGAAAUAUGGGUUCGAUCCGAGUCAGUUGACGCUGGCUAGGUGCGAGUGGGGCAACUGUGGGAUGGAGUUUUGGGAGUUGGAACCGCUCGUGCAGCACGUCAACGACGUCCACGCCUUCCCGCUCGACGACCCGAACCACCCCGCAAACAAACGCGGCGCCGCCGCCUCGUAUAUCUGCAACUGGGCCGGGUGCGCACGACGCGGCAAGUCGCAGGGGAGCAAGUUUGCGCUCGUCGCGCACUUGAGGAGUCAUACGGGCGAGAAACCGUUUACGUGCCCGAGGGCGGAAUGCGACAAAUCCUUCACCCGCACCGACGCGUUGCAGAAGCACAUGCGCGUCCAGCACGGCGACAAGAUCGUUGCGGGUCGCCAACCUCCCGGUUCGAGAAUCAAUGUCGACGAGGACGGCGGCGGCAAGGGCAAGGGGAAGGGCAAGAAGCGCAAGACGCGCGCUGGAUCGGACGACAGCGCGUUCGGAGCGGGCGGAGGAGACGACGACUCGGCUUUCUACGGCGGUGUUGCGGGCGUCGAAGGUGGCGAAGACGGCGAAGAAGCGACGACGUACGGAGCGGACGAGCUCGCUGCGUUUGCGGCGCACCCGCACCUCUCGCACGAGUUUGUCGCGUACGUACUCGCCAAGGCCAAGUAUGCGUACCUGAUUGGCGAACAUGAGGGACUUGCGGGCGAGUUGGAGGCGCUGAUGGCGAGGGAGAACGAGCUGCAGAUGGAGAAGGACGAGUUGGUCAAGGGCAUCUUGCGGAAGGAGAUUGGACCCGCCGAAGACGCAACCGGCAAACACGCCCUCGAGCAGUUCCUCUCGGCGUACAACCACGAGCCGCGCGCGUAUCCCGAGGACUGGGGCGGUAGCAAGUGA